GUGCCAAGUUGUGCCAUUUGUGAGCUCCUUAACAGACGGCGGCGGUGGCUGGGAGUACAUCCAACACAAGUCGGCACUGAUGGGGGAGUCCGGGCCAGCUAUCAGAGUUGCUUGUUUAAUUAGGAACAGGGAUAAGGCCUGGUCAAUCUGACUUCAGUGAGAACUUUUUCGCUACGGUCUUGGAUUUUCCCCUUUUUACCUCGGGUUUCCUACUGGAGGCCACAGAAACCUCGGGCUGGAUUGGGCUAACGUUAUACACUGAUCCGAGUGCGAGAAGACAACUGUGGGCUUGUUUGUGAAGUCUCAUGAAAUGUAUUUCCCAGUAGUUGGCGGUUUGAGGUCAUAACAUGUUUAUUUUGUAGAGUCGGUUGUGUUUACACGAUUGCAAAAGGUGGAAUCAAGGUGGACUAGAAAAAAGUUAAUGAGACAAGCUAACUUGUUAGCUAGCUUGCUAUGACGCUAGUUAGCUAGCUACCUAGCAGCGAAACUCUAGCAUGUUGAAUGAAUGAAUGAAUGAAUGAAUGAAUUGGCGACCACCUGCAUUUAAGUGCUUCCUGUUAUUACAGUAACACGUCGAAUAUUGUAUAAGACAACACUUCAUUUUCUACAACAGAGCGAGCCUGUCUGGCUAACUCCUCUCUGACUGUUACACUAAGCCGCAUACCCACAAAUGGACAGGAAUGCGAUUCCUGGGAGUUGGCGGACAGCGGCGAUUUAGCACUCAACCAUAGUGUUGUGUUAUUACCGACUGUAGCGUGGUAAUGUUUGUGUGGCUAGGGGGAGCUAACUUUAGCUAGCUAGAAAUAUUUGCACUACUUGGUCUUGGCUGCUACGGUGUGAAGCUUACGCCCGGCUUCGGAAUGGGGAACACGGUGUCAUGCUGCGUCUCGCCCGAGUCGAGUCCCAAACUACCCUCGAGACAACCGGUAGAGCGGCUCGAGGAGUUCCAGACCAGCACCGAAGUGAGCGAUGAUAACACCGUGCCCUACCUGCAGCACAUCAGCGACAGAGAGGUCCCUGACGAACUGGCCCUGGAGUCUAACCCAUCGGACCACGCCCGAGCAAGCACCAUCUUCCUGAGCAAGUCCCAGACAGACGUGCGAGACAAGAGGAAAAGCAACCACAUAAAUCAUAUCAGCCAUGUAUCUCCUGGUCCGAUGUCAAAGAAAUACAGCUCCUGUUCAACAAUCUUCAUUGACGACAACACCGUCAGCCAGCCAAACCUCAAAAGCACAAUCAAAUGUGUCACGUUAGCAAUAUACUACCACAUCAAAAACAGGGACUCGGGCAAGUCGCUGGAUAUCUUUGAUGAGAAGUUGCACCCCUUAUCAAGAGAGCCAGUACCCGAUGACUACUCCCGCGUUGACCCAGAACACAAAGUGAUCUACCGCUUCGUCAGAACACUCUUCAGCGCGGCACAGCUCACUGCAGAAUGUGCCAUUGUCACUCUAGUGUAUUUGGAACGCCUGCUAACGUAUGCUGAGCUUGAUAUCUGCCCUGCCAACUGGAAGCGCAUUGUCUUGGGAGCCAUCUUGUUGGCCUCUAAAGUCUGGGAUGACCAGGCUGUGUGGAAUGUCGACUACUGCCAGAUCCUUAAAGACAUCACUGUGGAGGACAUGAACGAGAUGGAGCGCCACUUCCUGGAACUUCUUCAGUUUAAUAUCAAUGUGCCAGCCAGUGUCUAUGCCAAGUAUUACUUUGAUCUGCGGCAGCUGGCUGAUGACAACAACCUCAACUUCCCUCUGGAACCUCUCAACAACCAGCGCGCCCAGAAACUGGAGGCCAUUUCAAGACUAUGUGAGGACAAGUACAAGGACCUGAGUCGAGCAGCGAUUAGACGAUCCUUCAGUGCCGACAACCUGAUAGGUAUACGACACUACAACGCUGUGCUGUCAUAGGUCAGGCUGCUGCCGUCUGGUUUCCAAAGCCAAGCUAACCCGCAGCCAGCUCCGGACAGUCACUUCACAGGGUCAACGCAUCCACACCAGGCGGGAUUCAGCCUUGAGAUGCUACAGUACGACCUGACCAAACAGUAGUUUGACUGUAGAGCUGCGUGAUUCUCAAAUUAAACGUGAAAUUGAGGUGUUUAUCUAAACCUUCCCCACACAACUUGUUACAAACCCCUUAUUUAUUUCUUACUUGUCCUUUAUUUCCACAAGAAAGUGUUAACGAGGAAUUGCUCGACCGCAGUCAUAUCUAAGGGAUCGCAUAUGUAUUGUAACAGUGCAGCCUUGAAGGGUAAUGCUGGUGUUAUUCUAGAUUUUUAGUUGUUACCAAAUCCCACAAAAAUGAUUGAAAUCAAGAAUUUUUAAAUCCCUCGGUCUGUGCUGAAAUGCCUACACUGUUUUACUGUAAAUCAUAUAGUGCAUCACAUAUCAAUUCAUUUCUUAGUAAGUCCAUAUCAAACAUCACUCAAACAGGAGGUAGUGUUUUCGUCUUGGACUAUUUUAGUGGUGGAUCACUACACAUAUGCUAGUGGGUAGUUACUACAGGAUGUGUGGGAGUGACUUAAAAUAAACAGGACACUACAACAGUGUCUGUGUGUGUUGGUAGGAAUGAAGGCACAUGGCAGCCAGGUGCUCACUGAUGUGUUUUUAAUAGUUGACGCUCCACAACAGAGUGUUAUGAUGAAUCAGGCUUUGGUUACACAGACUAUAGUUGUUCGUGGGGUCAAUUUAUAGUAGGAAUCAUAUAGUUUCAUGGGAUUUGUUAAAAAUCAGAAAAUAUAGAAUAUCAGCAGACAUAUUCUUUUAGGCACGUCGCAUCAAAUGCAAAAGCAGUUCCUUGUCAAUUAAAGUUAAUACUGAAAGUAACUUUUAAGAGGGUAAAAAAGACUUCCUGUUUACUGUUCUGUACAGUGGUGCUGGAUUCUGUUUGAGUAAUCCACACAUUUGAAUUUGGAUGGAGCAUACGGCCUGUCUCAGAUCACAGACUAUUGAACAAUUCCACAGGAGUGGACUCCAGUAAACAAACCUCCAAUCAGUUGUUACGUGUCUGCAUAUGAACCAGUGCCAAUCUGGGGUCAGUUUCACUUUUCAGAUAUACUCAGGUGGUCACUGCUAUGGAAUGGAUGGCUCGAUACGGCAGUUGUGUUGACAUAAUGACAAAGUUCGGUUGGGUCCACACUGUCCAGCCUCUGUAUUCUCCUCAAAUUCUGCCAUCCUGACCGCUUCAAAGAACCCGUCAACGGAUGCUUGUCCCAGGCCCCGAGCAGAGCUGUCGAGCAAACUACAUAGAUACUGAGGGGGAAAAGAGACUGAUGGAUAUUCCCCUCCUUUUUGCUUACUAUGUAGGCUACUAGCUGUGAAAUUUAUCUUUGUUUUUAAUUGAAACAAACAUUUGCAGAUGGAGUAUUUUAAAUAAACACUAAUCAUGUAACAAAGAUA